AUGGCGGCCGAAUUUACCAUGAGGAGCCCGCUGGAGAAACUACCGUUCGAGGUUCUGGGAAUGAUGUGCGCUUUUCUUCCGCGAGCCGAUUUAAAAGCCCUUCGCCUGGUCUCUCGUGCUUUCGAUGGACCGUCACUAUCGACGCUUUUCAGGACGGUUUACCUGAGAGUGCAUCUUGGGAGCUUUGAGAAGCUUCAGACCAUUUCAAGAUCGGAGAAGCUCAGCAAGCAUGUGAGGUACAUCAGCUACGAUGGUAGAAUCCUGGAUGCUUCUACAGUCAGUCCCGACUUCGCCCACUGGAGGGCCAACACCGCUUGCAGUGGGUUGUUUCACCUAGUCGACACAGACUUUCUUCUGCAGAAAUUUAGCCAAGAAGAACUUCACGAUUUUUACCAAAACUAUUACCAGUUUCUGUCUGACCAACAACACAUGUUGAAGGGCGACAACGAGAACCGUAUGCUUCGAGACGCCUUGCAGAAUUUGCCACGACUAUUGGGUGUGGAAUGCAUGAUGCCGGACCUCUACGAAGAACGGCACCCAUAUGAGCCGCGACCUAAAGUGACAUGGAAUUCCUUGAGCGCCGUGGCGCAGAAGAUUUUGGCGGAGCCUGACAGCAUUCAUGGGGAGCUCGAAUCAGCACGUCAUUUCUGGGCUCUGCUGCAGUCCGCCUGUCUCGCGGGCCAUGCUGAGCGGCUGACGCAUGUUCGCGGCGAAUACAUGGACCUGAAUUGCUGGCAUGAUGCCGCAGCCUCCUCCCUUGCUAAUUAUCACGGGAGUUUCUCGUCUCUGCAACACCUCUCGCUUAUUUUUAGACCUCAUAAGGGAAAUCUCGGCGGAGAAGCCACCCACAUUGUGGCCAUCAUCGCCCGCGCGCCAUCACUGCGCUCUCUCCUUUUGUCCUUCGAAUUUCGUGGCGAAGAUGAUGUUAUGCCUUUCUCCGAGUUGGUCGGCCCCGAUUUGCAAUUGCACCAUCUCCAUAGCCUAUCACUUAAUGGCUUGGCCAUGCCCGAGGCCCAUAUGCGCGACGGUCUAAGAGCGCUUCGCGAAACUCUCCGCUCCCUUGAGCUGGCGUACAUGGUGUUGCAUCCGGGCUCCUGUAUUCGCUUCAUCGAAUUUCUGAGCAAGGAAAUGACCUUGGAUCAUGUGAAAUUUGAUAGCUUCUUUAGCAACUCUUCCGACGAGAGAUGGGUCGUUCGUGAUGAAGACUACGGCCCGUGGCCUGCCUUGGCUAGGGUAGCAGCACGGCAUUCUCGUAAAUUCUUGGUAGAUCGCGUUGAGCGUUUUAUUACAGGCCGUGGUAAAUAUCCCAAUCCCUUCACCCCGCGGAAGAAACGAGGCGGUGACUUGGAAAAAUACGGCUACAGUUUACCAUGGGCAUUUAAGCAAGACAAGUCAUGGUAUCACUCAGACACUUUGCAGCUUGCUGGGAAAUGGUAA